AUGUCUCAGCGAUUUCUUCACCCUGCUGCUGCCAUAGCCCUAGCCACUGAUCAGCCGCUGUUUCAAGCCCCUGGAGACUUCCCAUCCAAACGGGAGAUUGGCAGCUUCUUCCUGAACCAAAUCUCCCCAGUCGUCUUCAACUCUGCCAGUGUCCAAGAGAUAGUCGCGAAUGCUCCGCACUAUUCCACAUGUCACUGCUACAGCGGCGUUCUGGUGUCUUCAGUGACCGGCCAUCGCGUCAGAAUCCAGUUCCGAGGCUCAAAGCCCAAGGUUCAGGACGUCAAGGGCCCUCGUGCAGCGCGUCAUGACAAACCUCCCCCCCAAGUCCCGCACUCGGGCCCCUGCAAGCACGUGCGCAUGUACCAGUCGACGUGUGUCGUUGGCACGCCGUGGACUGUCUUCAGGAUAGGCCCUCCGAUCUCCGGAUGGGAGCUUGAGCGCCUGCCGUCCACGCUUCAGCCCGCGAUGCCAAAUCAGCCCCAGAACAAGGCGACGGCCAUCCGAGAUCUUGCACACUUCUUCACCAAUCAGAUCAAGAGGAAAGAAGAUCUCUACCUGAAGAUGGCUUCGGGCAUCUGUGACUUCCGGGUGCUCUCAUCCGAGGCCCAGAAGUCGCUCUAUCAACAUUUCCACCCGGCUUCAAAGACCUUGUCUCUUCUCCGCUGGUGCGUCGACAAGGUGCGCUUCAAUCUAGAAGAGCUCCAGGAGCUGCCGUACGUCCUGUUCCACGUGAAAGCCCCUCCCUCAGAGUACGUCCAGGAGCCGCGCACCGGUCUGGUUUCGGGUGUCCUGCGAUGGGACGACGUCCACUUCGAGCCCAUCGGGUUCAGUCUGCUGUUCGUCGACUUCCUGCUGCGGAACCCGGCCGACUUCGCCCAACGGUCGAGCGAGGCCUUGCUCGGGCUUCCCGACUACAGCUUCUACGGCGCCCUCUUGGCCAACCUCCGCGAGGCGGGCUUUCCGUACGUCACUCCCCAGCUCCUCCAAGCCGCGAGGGCUGCCGGGAUGGUGGACUUCGCCUUCAGGCAUUGCAUGGGGCCCGAUACCAUGUGGGCAAAGAACUUGCUGUUGUCCCACAUGAUAUCCCUGGCACAUGUCGAGGAGUAUAUGCAUGAGUGA